AUGCUACGAAAUCCAACAUUGGGCAAGCGCAACACACAUCUGGAAAGCCUUGAGAUUUGGACCGGGCAGAAGAAGGUUGUAAAAUAUAUCAAUGAGAUUCUAAAACCAAAAGUGCGACAGUCCAUCUUUCAAAAGGACCCACAGCAUCCCAUCUUUGAUGGCUUGGAUCGAAUUCGUUUUCGUGCUCUUUUCGCGCUUGCCCUUGGUUGCGAUGCAUCGCCUGGAGGUAUUGAUGGUUUUGGAGCAAAGAAAGCAAGCAUAAUCAGAUCAAAAAUUGAUUUCAGCGCGGACCCAGCAGUUGCCAAGGGAGAGUUACUGAAACAUCUAGUGGAUGCUUCAUUGAAGUCAAAACCCAAGAUUUACAGGCAUGUUCCAGAAGACUUCAUCUGCCUGUCGGACAGUCUCAUCUACAAGCCAACACACUGUGGAUACUUGACCGGCCACAAACCUGCAGCAUUAGAAAAAUACAAGAUUGACUUUGCAGAGGAGGGUGCUGGUGUGGCAUACCGGAGCAAUGGAACAAGAUCUGAGACUUGUAAGGGGUGCUUGUCUUCCGGCCACCUUGUUUAG